GCGGAUAGACUGAUGAACGUUGAUCUUGAUUCAUCCACUUGCUGUCCGCUGCACGGAGUGGCGCUCCUGGCAUGCGACGACAUAAGCUGCACUGCAAGCCGUUCAAGGCCCUCAGUGCAGCUCACCCCGCCUUUGGCCAUGAAGAUCCACUCACUCCACCGGCACAACGCAGUAUGACACACCAACCAUCGCUCUCAUGACUGUCACUUAUCAAAAUGCAGGCAGAUGGACAGACAUCUCUCUAAUUAAGUGAUGCCAUCGAAUCACAACUCCCUCUCUCUCCCCCUCGCUGUGCGUCUGUCAUUGUGGCGGAAUGGUGAAGAGGCUCUCCAGCUGCCGCACAGUGUCGUCGGGAUUCACAACAGUAUGGCCCUGCAGACAGUGAAACUCACGCUGUAAUGCUGGCUGACGGGUGUGCAUCAUAUGCUCACGAUGGUGCGUGGGUCCUCAUAGAUCUCGUGAUCGUUGCCGCCCUGAACACAGACAUGCACACACAGCUGUCCGUGUCAGUACGUAGUCUACGACGCGCGCUCACCGGUCCUGUUUUGUCGCCAAAGAAGUGAAUUUCUGGGAAUGCACCGAGGAACUGGAGGCAGAACGUCUUGUCCCAUCCCUUGGGGAAGCAGUCGACGCUGAUCUGCCCGCCGAUGGAGAACUGCAGCCCGUAGUCGGCGAAGUUGGAUUCCAAAGCCUCGACGAACUUCUUACGGACACCGUGCUCCUGAUGAGAGAGGGGAAAGGGCACAUAUACAUAUCAGUGACCACCACCCAUUGGUGUUGUAUGGACUGGCGAGCGACUGUCUUUCUUGCCUGGUCGUAUUUGUUGAACGUGAGUCUCUCGUCGUAAGAGCAGUUGCGGCCGAUGGGUGAGAAGUUGAGCAUGCCCGUCCGGUACUCGAUGAACGUACCCCUGGCCAAUACACACACACACACAUACACACACGUGGUGACGUGUGGUAGUUCGUCUGUGAGCUGACCUCUUGAUGGGUAUGUCGAGGUCGGCGAAGUACCUGAGGACGAAGUUGACCAGCCGCUUCAGCUUCUCCUCACCCAGGUGAACCGAGAUGCUCUGAUACACACACACACGUACACCACGUGCAGAGAUGAUCUGCCUGACGGUAGUGUUUGCGUCCUCUGUCUGUCCGUGCCUGCGAUCCGAUGAUUUCGCCAUCCUUGUACGCGACCACUCCAUUCUCGACAAACAUGUAGUCACACAACUCGUGACCUGAGUGUAGCCCAGACAGUGAUUUGAUCAGAUCUGCUAGCCGUGCCUUAAGCUACACGACGUGCUUACUGUUGGUGCCGAACUGUUCCUGCACCUUCUUGAGGUCGGAUCCGCUGACGAUGCCCACCUUGACUACCUUGCGCAAACGCUGCAGAAACUCCACCAUCUCGGGAGUCGCACUCUGAACACACACAACGCGCACACACAGGCACACAGACACGCUCGACUCGAAGCAGGCGUGUGAUGGUGUGUCUGAAGCAGCGGAUCUGUGUGUGUGUGUGUGUGGACGUACCUUUCGCGCUUCUGCGAUUGUGCCAUCGAGAUCAAACAGAGCAAUGCGACCUGCCGUCAUCUUGCCGUCAGGCUCAACCAUCCGCUUGAGGGAUUGGAGGGGAGGAAGCUCGCAACAAAAUUUACGCACUGUCAUCGGGCGACAAGCGAUUGUUUUGUCUGUCUGAUGCGAUUGUCAGUCAUGCAAUAACACACGCUCACACGACGCUGCACAAAGACAGGAGCAAGGACUCACUCUAUCGUCUCCACCACGGGAAAACGGGGCGGAAGGACAUAAUCGUAAUCCAUCACACCACUUAAACGCUGCUGGCUGCCCCACACGCACACGUACACGCACAUGCAAUUCAGAUAAACACCCACCCAUUUCAUCUAUCUAUCGCAUCUCUCUCAUCCUUUGCAUGUAUGUCUGCUGCGAUAUAUGCUGCGAUGAUAAGGACGUAGACAUUUCAUCACAGCUGCAACGGCCACAUGGCAUGGAAGGAAGGACACUUCGGCAGGCCUCUUGAAACACACACACAGAGACCGAGAAGCGGUGACUGGGGAAAACUCGGGCAGAGUGAAAA